AUGAUUUUCUUUACCAGGAAGCAGAGGCUCUUCCUCGUCGGCUUUGCCGUCUUCUACCUCUUCCUCCUUAUCGUCUACCGAUUUCGUUCAGCUCGCGAUCCGGGCUCCUUUUUCUUCCAGCCAGAGGAAGGCUACCGACCGGAGUACAGCAUCAAAAGAAUCGACGAGUCGUUGGAGUAUCUCCGCCCGUACAAUCAGUCGUUCAAUGACCCCGCGCAUCCUGCGAGAAACUUCACCACGUCCUCCGACAAUGCCACGAUCUGCGUCGGGAUCGUGACGGUCAAGCGACCGCUCGAGCAGAAAAUUUCCACCACCGUCGCUUCCAUCCUCGAUAACCUCUCCGAAAAGGAACGCGACACCCUCACCGUCCACGUCCUCUUCGCAUUGACCUCCCCGGCCGACCACCCAGACUAUAGCCAGCCGUGGCUGCCCAAUGUCGUCGAUCGCGUCCUCACGUACGAUCAGUUCGAUACCAAAAUCUCGACCCUUCAGCGCCUCGAAGAGAAAAAGGAUGUCAAGCGCAAGUCUAUCAUUGACUACCACCUGUCGCUGAAAUCCUGCUAUGAAGAUACCCAAGCGCCAUGGAUAAUGAUGUUAGAGGACGACGUGGUUGCACAGCGUGGUUGGUACAACCAUACCAUGCAGAGUCUAAGCACUAUCCAGUCAUGGCGCGAACGCGGCUCCAUUAAGAACUGGCUGUACGUGCGUCUCUUCUACACCGAGAAAUUCCUCGGGUGGAACGACGAGAAUUGGCUCUUCUACACUGCUUGGAGCGUCGGCAUUGUCGCCAUGGUUGCGGUCGUAAGCAUCCAGGCUCGUCGCUCAAUACGGUCGUUGCAGGGUACCUUGAACAACUCAUUCAUCGCCAUUCUUUGUUUCGGUUGCGUUCCCCUGCUCAUUAUCCUAUACUUCCUCGCGGGUCGCGUCACCAUGUUACCCAUGAGACCGGGCGUCCAUCUCAUGAAUACCCAUGGAUGCUGCUCGCAGGCACUUAUGUUCCCUCGAGAAAAUGUCCCCGCGCUUCUUGAGUACUUGGAGAAAGCGCGGUAUGCACGGCCUCUCGCAGUGGAUAGCUUGAUCGAGCGCAUGGCGAACGCAAAUGACCUCGAUCGGUUGGCGAUUGUACCAUCUCAGAUGCAGCACAUCGGCGCUGCUUCGUUCAAGGAGAAUAGGAAACAGUAUCAUCUGAAGGGGCCGCACCCGGUACAGGGCGCUCAUGGGGUAUGGAGUAUGGAGUUUGAGAAGGCUUUUGAGCCAUAA